AAUGUUCUGUUUGGGUAUAGGUAGUAUAGGUACCCAGAAACGUCGUUCAGUGUGACCCAUUUUUAUCUCAAUAAUAUCCUUAUUAUCAAACUGUAGUAAAAUAUUCUAUUAACAUCUUUUAGCGUGUAUAUAAUAUUAUUUUUAGAUAAAAGCAGCGUAAAAUAGCGUAAAACAGCCUACAUAAAUACUAAAAUUACUGUACCUUAUCAGAGCAGUUAAAAAAACUGCAACCACAAAUUAAUAAAUUACACAGUUGCGCUUGCGACGCUUGUAGCCUUGCCCUUAAUGUCCGUCAAUCAUACAAUCAGUAGCACUCGAGACAUCGACGCGCGCGCACGUCUCUCCGCCUUUACAAUGUGACUCGCUCAAAUUGUCGAAACCCAUCGAUUUACUGUCAUAUUUUUUAGUGAAAGUGAACUGUGAUACACAAAAAGUUACAUUCUAAAAGUGAUAAUGCGUCGUGUUAAAAUGAACAUAGAUCCCGAUUUGGGGGAUCUAGAGGAGAUGUUGGCUCAUGUACAAACUCAGCUGGAAAACGAGAUAGAUUUGGAGAUGGAGAGCAAGAUGACCUCCCUUAUCAACGUCCAAGAGUCCCCAAAAAUGGUUAAAAGGACCAGUUCCUUCAGUAGAGGCGAGAGUUUUGAAUAUAGACGACCAGCUCCAAGACCGCCUUUAGCUAGAGUUAACAGCGAAAUCAACUCUGGCAGUAAAUCUCUAAACGGAGAGUACGGAGCGUUAGAAAAAUACCACAAUCAAAAUGGUCGCGGAUCCCAGACGAGUCUAAAGUCAGAUGAAAUGGGUUCUCAAAUCUCUUUUCAAUCAUUUCGUUCGGAGCCUGUACAACGGCAUUCUGUGUUAAGCCUGCCGGACAAAAGAGGAUCGUGUGCGUCUCUCAAUGGGAGAGGGAAAACUGCAACGUUGCCGAGAGGAUAUGGUUCGAGUAAGGAGAAGAAUUGGGAGGAGUAUUGGGCACACGAACAAUCGAUAAGCAGCGCGCGCGCCUCCGUCAUGGUGUACGACGACGGCCUGAAGCGCUGGGUGCCGUCAGGCAGCAGCUCGGGGCUAUCCAAAGUCCACAUCUACCACCACACCCAGCACAACACCUUCAGGGUUGUUGGGAGGAAGCUCAACGACCAUGAGGUGGUAAUAAAUUGCGGCAUCGUCCGCGGGCUCAAGUACAACCAAGCGACGGCGACGUUCCACCAAUGGCGAGAUGCGCGACACGUCUAUGGCCUGAACUUCUCGUGUCGUGAGGACGCGGACAGUUUCGCGAGAGCCAUGAUGCAUACACUUGAGAUCCUGGCAAACAAACCGAGCGGAAACUCAGCGCCGCCACCGCCACAACCGCCUAAUCCGCCUGUACCUUUUAAUGGACACAACAACACACAACACUACGAUGAAGAUAUGGGCUACAGAACGAUGACGCGCGAAGACGCAGCCAUACUGCAGCAACCAGCGUACCACGCGCCCCAGCACCAGCACCCGCAGUACCACCCGCCCAGCCAGUACCACGCGCCACACCACGCGCACCAGCAGCCCAUCCCGGGCGCGGGCGCGCCGGCGCCGCCGCCGCACGCCGCGCCGCCGCUCGCCGCGCACGCGCACACGCACACGCUGCCGCACCAGCCCUCGCAGCCCGCGCACACACACCACCGCACCUCCAGCGCACCGAUGCCGCCUAAUAUGUGCCUAACGGCAGCGAACAAUGGGCCGCCCGCGCCACCGCCUGUACCGCCGCACCAAAAUCUUCCCGCACCUAAUGGUCCCAUAGCGCCACAGACGCCCCCGGCCGCGCCUCAACCUCCUCCAGCGCCGGCCGCCCCGCCGGCGCCCCCCGCGCCCGCCGCCGCGGGCCCGCCCCCGCCCCCGCCGCCGCCCGGCGCCGCCCCCGCCCCCGCCCCCACCCCCGCCGUGGCGUCCCCGCCCCCGCCGCCGCCGCCGCCGCAGCCCCCCCAGCCCGACCUGUCCGGCCUGGCCGCCCAGCUGCAGCAGGCCAGGCUCAAACGGCAAGCCAAGCAAGCGGUGACUCUCGCGGCGAGCGCGGACGCGUCCCCGCCCGGCGGCGCCGAGCACUCGGGCUCGUCGUCCAGCUCGGGCGGCAGCGCGCGCGGCAACAACAACAUGCACUGCAUGAUGCACGAGAUGCAGCGCACGCUGGCCCGCCGCCGGGCGCAUUUGGACCGAGCCGAGGAGUCGUCAGGGGAUAACAGCGCCAACACUACACCACUGAAAACGUGGGAACGCGCUGCUACGCUACCACACCGCCUACCCAACACCUGUAAUGGCACUACGCCUAACUCCGAGUCACCCGCUACGCAAGCGCCGCAGUCGCCGCGCUCGGUGCGCAAGCGCUUUGGCUCCGCAAGCGAGGAGACUAUACUUAAGCAAGUGAACGGCGGUGGCGAUGGCGGCGGCUACGUGUCAGCAGCCGAGUGGGAAGCUUUCAAGCAAGACAUGCUGCGUGAGAUGCGCGCGCAGCUCACACAGAUUAAGCGCGAGAUACUCGACGCAAUGAAGGCGGAAUUCGCGCGUAGGUAAAGCACGCCACGACGCAUCGAGUGUUAACUAGUCCAUCGCAGCCGCAUACUGGUGAACAACGUGUUCUAUCCCGCUCCCUCCUACUCCACUAGAGCAGAGCACCUGCAUUUGCUUAUAUCCGUGAAAUAAGGAAAGUACAGUGUUUUUAUUAGGUUUUUCCAUUACUAUUUCCAGUUUGUUGGAAUGAUGAAUAAGAAAACGUUUUAUCAAGUCGGUGUUCGAUUAGCCAGUCGAAAGAGGCUUAUAAUUGGUAUGUAAAAUAGAAAUUAUUGCGGAAUUGGCAAAAUGUAAAGAGAUGUAACGAACAACGCUUGCUCUCAAUGCUUUGUGAUUAUUUUUCACUUGCAUAAUGUACAUCUAUUACUCUCGUGUUUAGACUUAUUAUAUAUAAAGCGUCGAUGUCACUUUGAAACGUGAUGACUGAGAACAAAGCCUACAAAAUGAGCCAGAUUUUCGAUAUUUCGCCGGUCUAAUAUACUAUUAUUAUAGUGGACUUGUUCACCAGUAAACGCGGUAACUUGUGAUCGUAUGACGUAUGUUCGUGUAAUGUUAGUUGGCACCGCGGACUUGGGCCUUACCGCGAAAUCCGUGUCUAUGUCACUUUAUAAGAAAACGAUGGACAAACAAUUUAAACUACGGGUUUCGUGAUAAGGCGCCAGUUUUAGAGCAUUUAGUAACUAAUUUAAACUAAAUUGUAGUAAAUACUAAAAGUUCUAAGUCCCGCGGACGACGUUGCCUGUUAAAUCGGUCUAUAAAGCCAUUCAGUGUGAUUUUAUUGUGUAACAAUAUUUAAAUAUAAACCAGUAUUUUUCAAAAAAUAACGGUUUAAUGUUAUAUGAUAAAAUCGUUAGUAUCCUAACGAGCGAUUAAUAAUAAAUAAAAAUGUAGAAUUAGCGCACGAAUAUCGAAGCAGAAAGCAAGUUGUGUUUUUUUAAUUUUAUACUUAAAUAAAUAUUUAUUCGGAUACGUAUAAUGUACGUAGUUAUAAGGGUUCGGAGACGCCCUCGCGACAUUUACUAUUGAUUACUAUUAAUAUUUCCAACCCUCUUGUGUACAAAUGUCUUAUUCACUAAUUUAAGAUUGUAAUAUAUAAAAUAAAUCGAACGCACACUUAGCGUCAUUCAUGUAUUAUUACACUAUUCGUAUAUUAUUAAAACUAUAAAUCCUAGCCCAUUUGUAUCUGCAUCUUCGUCUUUUGUAAAUGAGAUAUAAUUUAUUAUAAAUUCGUUACAUAAUCAAUAGUAAAUAGUGCAAGGAGCUUAAAGUAUGUGUAAUAUUCAUUUAGCGUCAAGUUAUACCUAGUAUUAUUCGAUAUUUAUUGACUAUAAACGCGUAUUUUGUACGCGUCACCUAGUUAUAAAUACUUUAUACAUAAUAUGUAAUUAAUGUAUGUUACUGUUUUUUUUUACUCCAUUGCCGGUACUUUAUAUAAACGUAACAUUGACAUCCAAAUCUUCCCAUAAUAUUAUUAAGUCUUCCAUAAAACAUAAGUUUCAGCAGUUUUUCAGAAAGAAUUACAAAAUGGCACGCAAAUAAUUACUUAUUUAGUAAACUGUUAACCUAAAAAUGCGAAUUUAGUCACGAUAAAGUAACUUAAAAAAAUUACAACCAACCAUGGAUUUAAUAUAUGUUUUUAAGUAACGACUUAUUGUAAAUUCGGAUAUAUAGGAUUUUUGGGCAUCACUUAUAUAUAUAUUUAGUUAUGUUUAUGGGAAUUUACGUAGAAGGUCAAUUUUAUAUAAGUGGAUCUCAUUUAAAUAAAAAAUAGAACAAGCUCAUUUUAUAUGUUGGCUUUAAAAUAUAUUAUUUUCCGAUACGAGUAUUUAUAUUUAUUUGCCACUUAGAGUCUGCUUAAGGCUUGUGAUUCUUUUUAAUUUAUCCAGUUGUGUAGUACAUUCAUAGGCCAAACUAGACUAAGUGCUUCGUAGAUUCCUAGGCAAGCUUCUAACUUCCGGCAAUGGAUUAAAAAACGUCAUAUUACGAAAAUGUAUCACAUAUUAUAAAAAAACGACGAAAAUUCAAAAGUACAUUAAGGUACAGUUUUUUUUUUUUACUUAAAACAUCGGCUCGAGGCACGACCCUUUUAGUUUUUAAGAGUACUUUAAAACUGACUGAUAUAUCAUUCCACUUUAAAAUGCCAGGCAUAAUCGGCCUAUUGAUUUUUCGUACAAAACGAACACCAUGCAAUUUAGAAGAUUUUUACACUUUUUUUUUAUAGCGACCAUGUCCUUUUUGGGAUUAUGAAAAUGUAAUUUACCAAUAGAUGUUUUAACUCUGGUGCUCGCAGUAACACUAAACAUUUUGUAUAUCACGUAUACAGGGUGUCACAAGACACAAUUCAAAAACUGAGAGAUUUAUUACAUAUAUACCUCGUGUCUUCAAAAUCAACCCAUGUGCCUUUGGUUAUCAAGGCCCGGAAACCGGUUAAAUUUCCAAACCGUUACCACCAACCACUUACUACCUACUUGGCGAAAAACCUUUUAAUACUGGUAUGGUUCGUAAAACCGUUAUUUUUAAACCAGAUAUUAGGCGAACAUUUCCAUAAAGUUCUUGUCUGAUUAACCGGUGUAGAGCAAUAAAAACCGGUUUCUUCCUAUGUCGGUGUCCCACGCCCACCACCACCAAGCCAGCCGGCCUUGUCGCUCGUCGAAUAAACCGGUUUAUUUAGGUUACAAUAAAGGUCUUAAAAAUUCGGAGUAAAACUGAAAUAAACCGGUAUAUAUCGCUAUUUUUAAAACCGGUUCCUAGCCUUGUUGGCUAUUUUUGUUCGAUGGUGAUAUGUUUUUGCGACAUCCUGUAUAGUUUAAAACACCCGAGUGUAUUUAAUGAGCCUGUUUUGAAUAACGACUGAUAAAAGCAUUUAAACAUGUUGCCAUAGGUAUACUAUCGUGUAGAAGCGACAUUAAUAAUUUUAUAUACGAAAUUACUACAGACUAUAUUAAUUAUAACUCCUCAACUUACAGGGGUCUGAAACAGCCCCCCAAAAAAAAAAACAGUUUAAAAUCGCGUCAGUUGCAAGGAGGGGGCAAAGCCCCAUUUUAAGGGGUGUAUCACAAACUACAGAGUACAAUGAAUUCAGUCGAUCGACUAAAUACCGCAAUGUAAAAACAUUUGGGACACUUGUAGAGGAGUCCUCAUUCUGUUUGUCUUGCCCCGAGCAAAAUAAACUGAUUCUUUUACCCCACGUGUCUUUAUUCCAUUUACAUUUCAAUAAAUAAAUAAAUAAACAAUUCAAUUUAAUAAUAGUAAUAUUUAAUUUAAUGAAUAAAGGGAAUAAUAAUAUUUAAUUUUAUUUUAUUUACAAUAGCAAUAUACAUAAUGGAUAUAUACCUACAGAGGAUGCCGGCGGCAUUUCCUCGUUGUAUCGCAAUACUGAUACGUUGUGCGAGGAAGCCGCCAGCUCUUCGGUCACCAGUUACGUCAACCAGACGAUUCGUGAUUUCUGUGAAAAACUUGUGCACGCUGGGACCCCAUGGUCCUAGAGGGUCAACUAUGAUCUUAGUACCUAAUGUCGCCUCUACACGUUCGGUUCAAAACGGCCUUAAAGUUGUUGAAAAAUCGUGGAAUGGUUUUCUUGUGGUGUCAUCGUUUAAUUAUAAUUUUCCAUUGAUGCCGGUGCAUAAUUUGUCGACUAAUAAAAAUCAUUCGUUCACUAGAAGUGAUUACACUUAGUGAUAUUUAUAAUAUUGUAAUAUGUAAGAUAAAAAAUAUUAGUGAUAAUUUUUUUAAUUAAAAAAACUAACCAAAUUUAGUUGGAUUAUAUUGUUCAUUGAACUAUUAUUUUAUAUUGGUCUCAGUAUGUCAAAGAUGUGUAUUUAUUGAAUAACGUAAUAGUUGGGAUUUUUUUAUGCCAUUUCGAUAAAAAUAUUGUUAAUUUUAUAAUACACUGCGCUUAGUGAAUUCCUCUUAUGUGUGUUAUCCUUGAAAUGAUUGUGAUUUUUGGACAUUAUUGAAUAUGCACUUGGACAAUGAAAAUUGGUACCAAUAGACCGUACCAAUGCAUAAAGUUUAUGCAGUUUGACCGGUUUUUGUUACCGAGUGUAAUUACUCUCAAUUAGUUUCUGACUGACUUCAAAUAAAAUGUAAAUAAUAAGUUUAAACUUUUUUUUUAAUUUAUAACAAAUCGGCAAUUUAAAAUGCCUUUUCUACAUAUUUUCGCAGUGUUUUGAUUGAUAAUUUAUAUUGAUUAUGAUUACUAUUGUUUUGUGGUGCGACACUAAGUGAUCUAUUACUGGCCAUGCACUGUCAAUAAAAAUGAUGCACAUAUAGGAAACGUGCAUGAACUGUAGGAGGCAGCACAGGAGCCGUCAGAUUUUUGGCGCGAGGCGUAAAUGUGAUGUUUAUUGUUCCGAUGUAGUCCACAAGAUGGCAGAACCUACUAAGUACAAGAAAACACGUGACGUGUAAAUGUAAAUGUAUAUAAUUCUGAUUCCGACCACAAGAUGGCAGACCCUCCAACGCGCACGGUCCCUAUUUUUCACGCAUGAACUAAACAUCUUUGAGAAAAUAAUUAAGAAAUGUAUUGUUAAACGUUAAUACUCAAAACGGUUUUUUCCCAUACAUUUUUAGUUUAGGUGUAGGGAGUAGGAACUAUUUUCUAUAUAAAAUAAAUAAUUCAUAUUUUCUUACCAUGCUUCUUUAACUUUUCAUAUUUUCAGUACCAUGCGAAUAUAAACAUGAAGACAGUACAGCCACUAAAAAUGUUUUUAGUUUCUUAUCUGGCACUUUGUAUACGUACUAGCACUUUGUACAUCAUGCACAAAGACAAUUCUACCCAGUUCAUCAGAAAUAUAGUACAACCAACGAAACAAAUUAAAUGCACAGUCAGCAAGCUUGGCUUAGUGUACAUUUUAUUUCAGUCAUCUCCACAAACCUGUAGGGCUAAGAUGGCUCUUCAUCAUUUGUCUUCCUGCCACGCUGCAGACAAAUGAUAAAUGAUUGAUAAUGCUGCUGUUUGUUUGUUGUAUGCCUGUCACGUUCUAACAAGUGAUAAAAAUGGAACCAUGCUGCCACCGCUGUCAUCGUUAUUUAUUAACAGUGUCGGGCCUGCCCUAUGUAUUAACUUAUUCGAAUGCUUGUAUGUCAGUAGGUGCCGCUAGCUUAGUGUUACCAUGUAGAUUUACAAUGUCCUAUUAUUUUUUUGUAGUCACAUAAUUGUAAAUAGUGGUAACAAAUUAUAUUUUUUUUGUGAUCAUA